AGAAUCGCAUUCUCCCAAUCAAAUUGCACAUGGAAGUUUACACAGAGUACUUCACAUCUGAGCUUCAAUAUUUUCCAUAAAAUUUUUCGUCCACAUUGCACUAUCUUUGCUACGAACCAGUCUUUGGAAUUUGAGAUUCACUUGUAUACUUGUGCACUCAGUUCUGACACCCGUGCACAUCAAACAACUCUCUUCGUUCGAGUACACAAUAGGUUUAAGUUCACGAGAGAUGUAAGAGUGCAAGAAGUCUUAUUCCCAGCAAGCACACGAACUGUGACACUGCGACGGGAAGUGAAGUUUUCUUCGGGAUAGCUUCAGGAUUGAGAAGAGGGUCUCUUGUACGCCCGCUUUACAUCUCACCCGCGCAUCCAAACAGCAAAAGUUUUUUUUUUCUGGAAGAGUGGAGGAGAGAAUGGAAGGUGCAGGCGCGUCCAAUGUAAGUCACGCUGCUCAGACACGGGGAAUGGACUCUGCAGACGAGGAACCGGAGCUUCCCUCCGCGAUCCAGGACCUUAUACGGCGUCUGGAAGACAAAGGCGAGCCUAUAAGGUGGCUUCCCAAAUUAAGCGGGCCAGAAUUUCGAGAUUUCUUUUCGGACCGUGCACGGACGAUCACAGGAUGGCGAAGCCAAGUGCGACUUCGAAUACUGGAGGCAAUCGGAAACUGCAAUACCUUCGAGGAUCUGGAGGUGAAAAGUUUUUGUGGCGAAGAGAUAUCCGCGUUCACCGCUAGCGAGUGGGAGUUGAUUUUGAGAGGAUUCAGGUAUAGCACCGUUCUUAGAGUGAUAAACGUGGAUAAUUUGAAAUGGAGUUCAGAUGCGGAAGUGGAGAGCUUGUGUUCACAGCUGGGAAGAAUUCUGAAUUCCUCUAGUGUAACACAUUUGACAAUAGACAAUUGCAGAUUGAGUGCAAGAUGUUUCUUGAAUCUCGCUUCAGGACUGCGAGAACAUGCUGAUUCUAAACUCCAGUCUUUAGAUUUAUAUGAAGCGUGGGAGGACUCGAGUGCGGUGAAGCAUGUGGCUGACAUGAUCAACUGUGCUACUCGAUUAGAAACGAUGAGUUUAGGCUAUAAACACGACAUGGAAGAGGAGACCGUUGGAAUCCUGUCCCAGGCGUUGAUCCAGAGUUCAUCUUUGAAAGAAUUGUACUUAGAUAAUGUGAAGUGGGGAGCGACCUUGUUGCUGAAAGCUUUGGCCGGAGAUGAUGGCAACCGAUCCAUUAACCGUCUUUGGCUGAAGCGUAUGGAUAGACUCGGAGGCUGUUUAAGGGAACUUCUAACUUCCAACCCAUCGUUGAAGGAAGUGACGUUGGAUAACUUGCGGAUGAGUCCUGAGGAAUGGCGCCAGCUCGGCGAAUUCAUACGUGGCAGGGCUACAGCAACAACUAUCUGUGUAAAUUGUUCAUUAGACGAAAAUGAUACAAUUGACUGGAAGUCCAUAGAAGCUCUUGCGAGUGCGGCUAGCUCCGAUGUCAAGGACCCCACAGUGAAGCUUCGUCUCUCAAUUUCGUGGGACCAUCAGUUGAUGUUAUCAAUGAACCUAUUAGGUAGGGUACUGCGCGGAGAAAUCAAUUCUCUAAAAUCUUUCAGUCUAUCAACCAACGAAGAGAGUCUUAUCAACCAAGGCUUUUUACGUUUCAACCAAGAAACACCGGAAAGUAUCCUCUGGAUGAAUGGAAAAACUGGAGAGACUUCAGCCCUGAAGGAACUCAAAUUAUAUGUAGGAGACAUGUUUUUUUGGAAGUAUGGAAGGAAGGGAGGAUGGAUGGACCUGCUUUGUUGCUUGCGAGGGAACACAAGUCUCACUCACUUGGAUUUGUCUAACAAUGCACUAGACGAAAAGGAGUUCAGAGACCUGAUGGGGCUACUCCAAGUUAACUUGACUCUCCAGGAGAUAGAUGUCUCAAACACCUCAUGGACAAGGGACGGAAAGGAGGCUCUGAUUCAAGAGGCCCUAAAACAAAACCAGAAGCGGGCCACCUACAUGACGGUGUUUCGGGAAGCCAAAUUAACAUUUGGAGAUGCAAAAGCUGGUAGACUCUUUUUAUGCGGCUUUCCCAAAGCAGGCAAGACUAAACUCUGUCAAACCUUGAUGAGGAUAGUUCAAGGCAAAAGUUGGUUUGGGAACAAAUACCAUGAGUUGUGGAGAACGAGAGGCAUUGAAGUGGAGCUCUUGCAAAACAAUGACAAAGGGCAUAUCUCAAUCUGGGAUCUUGCAGGACAAGGAAUUUUUCGUACCCUUCAAAAUGUGCUAUUCCCUCAAACCAGCAAUUUUUGUGUUUUUUUAUUUGUAUAUAGUCCCUUCUGUAAAGAAACAUCUUCAAACAAACCAGAAUCUUGUUUCCAAACAGAGUUGGAGGAGUGGUUGAGUUUCAUCACAUCCAGCACUAGAGUUACAGGACAUAAUCGUCCACAAGUUCUUGUUGUGAUUUCACACAAAGAUAAAGCCAAAUCCAACUCUUUGACUUGGGCUGACUCAAUAGUAGACGAGCUCAUGGAAAAAUUUGCAAAAUCUAUCAAUCUCCACUUUAUUCAAGAGUGUUUUCAUGUGGAUGCUCGAAAGAAGAAGCAAGUUAUUCCUCUCAAAAAUGUGAUUUUUGAGAUCUUUGAAAAGUUGUGGAGUGAAAAAUCUCCACGAGUUCCCCACUUAUGUUCUCAACUCAUCUCUCUCUUGGUUACAAACACCAAGAAGAACAAGAGUUGUCCUCUUUGGCCGUACAAAAAAUUUCAUGAUUUUUGUGCCCCGAGCUUGACACAAUUCAUUUCAUCUUCUUCUAUUCAUGUUGUUGAUCAUUCAAGGAUCAUGAAAUCAAUCAUAUCAUACUUGAAUGACGUUGGAUCCAUCGUUUACAUUCCUAACCUUGAUUACAUCAUUGUGGAUCCAAAUUGGCUUACCAAUACAUUAUUGGGUGAGCUGGUAGCUCUUGGUCAAACCUUUCAAGCUCAAGAGUUUGAAUCUUCUCACAAACCUAUGUCACAUAACUUAUACACAAGCAAGGACGGAUUUGUGAGUGAGAGUGUCUUUGCCCGGUUGAUAGACGAGUUUCUAGAAAAGCAACCAUCUGAUCAGAGAGGUGUGGACAGAGAGCUUCUUGAGAACAUCCUUAUCAAUUUAGAUCUGUGUUUCAAGCUAGAAGAUACUUCUCAGUAUUUCAUUCCCUCCUUCAUACCUGAGCCUGCAAGCAUGGAGAAACAAAAGCAUCGAGAAGUGGAGCACGUGGACUCAAUGGCUUGGGAAACUAGGGGUGAGACUUCAAAGUUUCUGGGCAUUCGGAUACAAUGCCAAGAUAAAAUAACAAUGUCUCUGACUGCUGCUUUUUUUCCAUGCUUCCAGAUGUUCAUGAGACGCAAGUUGAUAUCGGAGAUGCAUGUUUCCAAGGAGAUGGUGACCUGCUCUCGACAUUAUCAGCGACUUUUUCUUGAUGGACACGAGAUCUACGUCGAGCAAGGAACGUCCCACAAUUACGUGGAUGUUCUCAUGUUAUGUUCGAAGCAUAAAUCAAGGUCGGAGGCUCUGCAAUACGUGAUGAAGCAUAUCGUCGAGGUGUUGAUAUCAUUUUGCGCAUCAUCCAAAGGCUGUCCCGGGGUGGAGUUAAUGCUCGGUGUGAUCCAAACACGUUGUGUGGAGAUGCUGAUUCCGAGUCAUCUUAGAGGAGCCAUUCUAAUUGAGGAGCUCAAAUCCAAAUUCAUUCAUAGCAUCGAUGACAAACUUGAGGAUAUUCCGUUAGAUAGGUCGCACUUGGUGGAGGAAGAGUUCUUCCACUAUGAGCACUCUUGGCCCUCGAUUAAAGGUUACACAUCGGUUAUAUUCGAAAGAGCUAGAGAUUUAUUGUGGGAGAGCGAUGUGGAAGCUGUUGUGAAUGGAGUCCGACAGAAGCGAAUGGAACAAUUGGAGUCAUUGCAACAAGGCCUUAUCCAACAACUGGAGUCAUUGCAGCGAGGUUUAAUCGAAGUGAAGAAUGAUUUGAUUCAUUCUUACCCUGAAAAUGAGAACAUGGCUACCGAUUCGAAUUUUCUUGAUAUGAAAGACUCCAAUCAACCUUCAUCCAGGUGCUCAAGUUGGGUGAGCACAAGUGUGGAAAAUCGUGGAACCCAACUUCUUUUGGAAAGGAUAGAUGAGGUAGAAAAAAAUCUAGGACAAAAGGUUGAUGGUGUUGAUGAAAGGCUGAGAUCAGUGCAGAGCAUUCUGGAGAGAUUGCAGAUGAAGAUGGAACAGAUAUUCUCUCUACAGCAAGAACUGCAGUCAAAGUUAAGUGAUUUCAUGUCUAAAGUGGACAGGAUUGUUGAGUAUUCUCAAACGUUUCAGCAGUCUAGAACGCCCAAGCGACCUUACGUUACGGACGAUGUUGGACUUUUCUAUCGAGUAAAUUCACUUCUACAUGUUGGGAAAACUGUUCGAUUACAAUUGAUGUGUGAGUCUGCGACUGGGUUUCACAGUGUGAAAGAUCAAGAAGGUUUGAAGAUACGCGUGGAUCGAUACAAUAGCUCCUGGAUUAGAAAAACUAUUGAAAUUUCAUACAAAAUCAUGUAUUAUGCUGCAAAGGCUGGAUUGGAUAUGACACUGGGGUUGGGCCAAGCGAUUCCGGAGUGGGCAGAUUUAAAAUCUGAUAUUGUUGACUUAGUUGGCAUUAGCAAUUGUGAUCGUAGUGCAUUUCUAAAAGGUGGGGAAAGCAUGGAGCUCAAAGAAGCAUGGCUGAGGAUUCAGCAAACUCUUGCGCCUAUUAACUAUUCGGCAAUCUUCAAGUUGUAUCAGGUGAAAUACGUGAGACUAGAAUUAGGUGGGCAUGCAUGGGUGUGCGAGGAGUGCAUGAAUAAAGGUCUUAGAACUGGCAUUUUGUUAGGAAAUUGAAGACCUUAGAAUGUCAUGAUGCAAAUGACAAGCAUAUGUUCAGACACUCUUGCAAUGUGAACCUUUGCAAAAUCUUCCUUGGAGUUCACACUUUU